CGGGGCCGGCCCGGGGGCGGGGGUAAAGGGGCCGGGCCGGGCGCUACCCGCCCCUCCCCGCCGCGACAUGGCGGCGCGGCCCGCCGAGCCGCCGCUCCUCCUCUUCCCGCUCCGAGUAGGGGGGCCGCGCCCGCCGUAUCGCCGCAGGUGGACGUCGGGCUCCUCCGCAGCUGCGCGCUCACGUUGCGGGGCCUGGCUGGACGAGUGACGCCUCGCCGGGGACAGGCAGGGCCCCUGCUGCUGCCUGGGACGCUGGAGGACGAGGCAGGCUCGUCGCUGAAAACGGAGCGUGCCGCUUACUGGAGGUGUUACCGUGUCGCUGUAAAAGACCUGGUGCUACCGAGCGAAGCCUUGCGAUUAUCUCGUGAACGGAAUCGAAACUGAGCGUUUCCUCGUCCUCUCUUCCAGUUCUUGGACAGAAAGUUGGCUAUGGCUGCAGUUACCGAGCCGGAAACCCAGCUGUGUGGCAACUGCAAAAAGGAUAUUCCUAUUGCCAAUUUCACCAUCCAUGAAAUCUACUGUAGCAGAAACAUUGGAGUAUGUCGCUACUGCAGUGAAUCAAUCCCGAAGACUGAAAUGAAAAACCAUAUUGAAUCUGAACAUGUGCAGGUUACCUGUAAGUGUAGUAUGAAGAUGGAAAAAAGUCUCUUGGAGGAUCAUGAGGCGUCAGCAUGCCCUUUGCGUCCUGCAGUCUGUCAGCAUUGUGACAUACAGCUUACAUUCAAUAAGCUUCACGAUCAUGAAAGUUACUGUGGAGCUAGAACUGAGACAUGCAGUGGGUGUGGUCUUAAUGUAAUGGUAAAAGAUCUAAAAGAGCACCCUCGAGUCUGUGGGAAAGAGGUGAAACAAGCAAGAGUAAGCAGAACAGUGCCUCGCUUUGAGCGUGAGGAUGCAGAUUUGCGUUCCCUUCGAGACAUUAAAAACCGACUAAGAUCAGAUAACUAUGCUGGGCCUUUGUGGAGAAUUCCCAGGGUGCUAGAAAAUCAGCUUUACAGCAGCUGCGUAGGAGACAAAACACUUAAGGACAUUAGUAGAAGAAAUGUUUCAGCAGUACAAAGAAAUCGGAAUCAAGAGGCCGAACUGGAACAGCUGGAGAGAAAUAAAAACACUAAUUCUUCACUUUAUGAAGAGCAGAAUGCCAGUUUAGACUACAUGUUGGCCCUUAGCCUACAAAAUGAAAAUAAUCCUCACAAUAAUAGUGCAACUGAAAUUCACAGUGACUUCUGGAAGAACUACUACACCAAAGAGUCUGUGCCAUCUGCCCAUCUUGAAAUGGACAAGUCAAACAUCUCUUGUGACUCUCCAGAGUCUUUUGCCAUUUCAAACCACAUAAAAAGCAAUGAGAUCAUGUUGCCGUGUGAAUUUUGUGAGGAGCUCUACCCUGCUGAAGAUCUGAUUCUUCAUCAGACAGGUUGUAAUCCAGCAAGUGCCUUUGCGUCGUUCAGUAAAAGAAGUUCUCCAAAUCCACGAAAAUAUGAUGAUUUGCAUUACUUUGGGCCCAUAAGCAGUAGAUCUCUCUAUUCAUCCCGGCACCAAGCUGUCCAGGCAGACGGAAACAUCAUCAUUCCGUGUGAAUUUUGUGGCAUCCAAUUAGAAGAGGAGGUACUCUUUCACCACCAGGACCAAUGUGAUUUGCGCCCAGCCACAGCCAGCCCGGCAGACAGCUUGCCAUCACAGCAGCCACCGUCUUCUCAGGACAACACAGAGAGAAGAGAAUCGCCGGAGCUGGCUAGGAGACGAAUCAGGCAUCAAGGAGAUGUUUCUCCUCGGUGUAUAGAAGGCUUCAGGCAGCAGAGGCUGAGCUAUCCUGCCCGAGGAACUAGACCGCUAAGUAAUAUGGCAAAUGCCAGGAGUGCACCCUUGACCUCUUCUGGUACAGCCAGAGCUAAUGAUGCUCUGAAUUUCCGAGGGAAGCCUCGGAAGGCAGCCGGUAACGAGGGAAGACCAAAGAACAGAGGCGCAAUUGAACCUGCAAGCGGGACAACGCCACAUACACGACCAGCUCAAAACUUUCGUUCAGAAGCUUUCACGUCCAGCUUCUCAAGAACUUCUCCAGCACGACGGAGCAUGGGAAAUGAAGGAGGAAGGGUGUCGGAUGUUCCAGUCGGCUUCAGGAACAGGAACGUGAAGGCAAAACCCCAGAGCCCAGAACCUGGUUAUCCAGAGGACAAAUGAUCUACCACUUACAAAAUAUGUAUUUAGCACUCUGCGCACUCUUACUAUGCACUAAAGUACUUAUUUAUCUGAGUGCAAUUAAUUGCUAUAUUGCCAUGUCAUUGAAGACUUUCUAUCAAUUUAAAUUUUUAUAGGCAGUGAUCAUUUUAUAUGUAUUUUUAAUUUGUGAGAGUAUCCUACAAGUUUUUACUUCUGUGAUCUAUACUAGCAACAUCCCAAGUCAGCAAAUAUACUUCUGCCGAGGGAACCACAUGUUCCAUGUUUCCACGUUGGCUUUUUUGUGACAGCCAGUGCAAGAGAAUUUCUUUGAUAUACUAUCUUUAAGUCUGUUUCCUGCUGCUCAUGUACUAGUUAUCCUGAAGACAGCAACGAUGUAUGAUGAAAAAACAAAGCAUGCUAUCAGUCAAGACUACUCUGGGGGAAGAGCUGGUCCUAGUAACUUAUUUAUGGUGUAGUUGAGUACUUGUCAGUGUCCUUUAGGAGGAAGGGCUCCCUGGCUGGCAUACGGGAGAGCAUCCAGCUCUUCCUUAUAAAGUUAAAAGCCUGAGUGGUUUGGCUCAAAACAUUCUCAACAGCAGCAAGUAGCUGAAGAGAGUAAUAAUGUGGCACUGCUGGACACCUUGCAGCUGAACCCCUUAAAGCUUCAUAUCAUAUCUCGCAGCUCUCUGCAUGGGCUAAGCAAAGCCAUAUCUAUGUUUUGGGGAUGAGGGGGGUCUGUACCUCCAGCUGCAUGUCCUUGUUACCAGAAGUGCCCAGGGCAGGGACAGGUGGGAUCAUGGUUUUCAGUGGAUGAGCUCUAAUCCCAUGGUUUUGUUCUGUGAAAUGCUUUUUAAUGCUGUAUUAGUUCAUGCUUUUUAAACUCCUUGUAAUAAAAUUUAUCUAAUGAUAUCCUGAAA